CUUUCUGCAGGUAUGAGGCUCUCUGCUGCCCCCAAUACCCCCUGAUCUACAUCCCACCCAGUGCCUUGUUGCCUAGGUUACAGCCAUGUCUACAUUCUCCAAGCAGCCCCAUACCAAAGGCAAGACUCUCAUCAUAGAGGAGGACUGUGAAGCAGAAGCCCUGGAUGAAGCCAACCCGUUUUCCUUUAAGGAGUUUGUUAAGAGCCAAACCUUCUCAGGAUUCAGUUGCAAUAACAGUAACAAAGCGUUUUCUAAGGGAUCCAACCAAUCCGAAUGCCUGGAUGGGACUCUGGAAUUCCAAGAGACGUACUUCAGAGACCCGACUCUCUAUGAUGAUUUGCAGGAGGAUGAAGAUGAUGAUUGGAGUGGCAGUUACCACCCUUCUGUUAUAGAACACACUCACAAUACACAAGUGCCCUCUCUCCCUGGCACCGCCGCUGGGGAUGAGUCUUAUGGAUACACUGCCAGCGACCUGUCUGACGAUGGGUUAAUCACAGGAUGGCAACAACCCGUCCUUACGUCUCCCCCUGGCAUCUUGUACAAUAAAACCCAGAAUCACCCCGAUAGUACCUGUCACUCAGAGGAAGGUUUGCGCCUGCUACAGAUAAACCAAGAAGAGCUACAAGAAGAGAAUCAUCAUCUAAAGAGCAAAAUCCGUAAACUGCAGGAACUGAACGACAGCCAGAACGAAAAGGUUAGACAAUUGCAAAGAAAACUGGAAGAGAAAAUCCUGGAAGAGCAGAAAGAAGCCCAGGAUUUGGAAUCCAUGGUCCAGCAAGUAGAGAGGAAUCUGCAGAUGAUGACUAAAAGAGCUGCGAAGGCUGAGGGCAAUGUCACAAAAUUAAAGCAGGAAAUGGCCCUUCUGCAGAGGUAUUACAAUUCACAGCUCUGGGGUCCUUAUCACUCACAGAUUGAGCUGACCACCUACAAAGCAGAGAAUGAAGCGCUGAGGAGGGGGGAGACGGCUGGGAUGAACGCAGUAAAGCAAAAUGCAAAUCUGGCCCUGGAAAACCUACAAAAAGUGGUCAGCGGUGCCCAGUCUUCCAUAAAGCAGUUGGUAUCCGGUGCCGAAGCGCUGACUCUUGUCGCCAACCUCCUUCGUUCCAUAGAUAAAAUCGCAGAGGUUCACAAUGACGGCGUGCCCUGAGGCCGUGGGGCAUCUCUUCUGACGUAUUUGUACCCAUAAGCUGAUACCGCUCCUUCCAGUUUUGGGGAUCCCCCAAAUUCAGAGAUUUUAUGCCCUGCGGUUUUAUUUUAUUCAGGCUCUCAGUAUUAGACAUUGCUGCCUUUGUUAUAGGAGAGAUCCUGGCAGAGCCAUGUUUGGAGUGCAGUCAUUUUGGGGAAACUUUAGGUUAUUAAAGCACUUUUUCUUCUUUUUUUUUGUUUUAAAUAAACUUUAUACUAAAUAUCACUAUAGUCUAAUAUUUAAGCAGCAGACCACUCUCCAUGUUAUUGUUUUUUUGCCGUUAAUAUAGAAUAUUUGAUGUUGCUACAUAUUAUUUGUUGUCAGGUACAUUUCAGCUGCCACGUUUUAUAUUAUGUAGUGGCGGGUUUUCUUAUCUGCGUUUAACCUUGCUUGGCUCAUUGAUCAUAGCAAUCAAGCAGCAUCAGAGGACCUUAGCUCUCAACCAACAUGCAUUUUUGGUUUCUGGGGUCACUGUCCCUAGCAACAAGCCGCCGUUUAAAGGAGCAAUGGGAAAGAUUGGCAAAGCAAUCAGAGCUCACUGCUUGGAUCGUGCCCACCUGGGACAUACUGAUAUAACACUAUUUUUGUAGUCAUAAAACACUGUAACAUUUCCAUCUAUUCAUGGGCAAUAGCAAUGGCUCCCUGCCACGCCGCCUCCCCCAGGCAAUCUACGCUUUUUAAUAAAUUUAUAUAUUUCCUCAGCUGUA